AUGGACACAAAUUCAAACAUCCAGCCAAGACUCUGUAUCUGGACAUGCCACAAAUGCCAUCGUCGCUACGCCCUGGGCUCCACGCAAAGAUGCAUCGACUGCGGUCACAGGAUCUGUUACUCGGAAAGGAACACCGUACAGUAUCCCUGCAGUGUUCAGUUCGAUUUCGACGGCUGGAGGGCAAUCUACAACGCGCGUCGUAGCGGAUUGCUCCAGCAGAGCUCCGCAUUCGAAGAAGAGCCCGUGAUCGCCGCGGAUGAAGAAGCAUCUAGGCAGCAGAAGAGCGAGCGGCUCGAGAAGAUGCUCAACGGCACAUACAGCUGCUUCACAGACUGCAGUCGCCCCAACGAGUGCUUCGCCACGAUGGCAUUGAGCGGAAUGGCCAGGCCUGCCAACCAGUCAUCGUCGUCAUCGUCAUCAGAGCCCGCAGGGGAAAGGGCUACGAAGACGCCGAAAAACGCUACGAAAAACACUACGAAAAACGCACGCCGUCGCUGCAGAAACUUUCAAAAGACGCCCUCCCCUUUGAGCCAAGAAUGGCGCAUUGAGGAUGUCUUGGAUGAGGAAGUAGAUGACGACGGAGUGAUUAUAGGCGGGGAGGAGACGGUCCAGGUGGUGGAGGGCAGGGAGGAGGAGAGAGUGUAA